AUUCAUUAAUUCUUUUUUAUCUUACAAAACUAUCGUUAGCUGAUUCUUAUUUUAUUCUUUUACCUUUUCAAUUACAUUUUCAUUAUUUGGUUCAGAAAAUGUUUACAUGGGUUCUGCUGGCGUAAUCCACUCAUUUGCAAGGCAUGUUUCAUUAUUUGGUUCAUAUUGUUGCUUAUUUGCAGAAACUUCUUACGUGCCAAACAUACACAGAUAAAGAAGGUAUCAGGCAGCAGGAAUUGUUGGCAUUUAUCCCAAGACAUCACAAGCACUACAUUUUACCGAAUUCUGUCAGCAAGAAGGUACAUUUUAGUCCCCAGUUACAAACAGAUCCUAGGCAAAAUUAUCUCCAUGCUAAAUCUCGUCUUCAGCCUUCAGGUAUAAUGUUUCUUAGCAGGUUGGAACUCUUCUAUGUUAGUUGUUUUCUUAGCAGGAUUCACAUUCAAGGAGCAAGAAACAUCUCAGUAACUCAUUGGGAUCGAGCAGUCAGAAUUCAGAAUCAAGUGACACAUAAGAGCUAGAUUUGGAGCUUAGACUGUCACUGUAAUCAGUAAAUUUUUUUGCUACUUUAAAUGAAUGCUCAUGGAACUACAUUUUAUGCUUUCCGAGAAUUGUAAGUUCAAAUAAGGUGUUGAUCAGCAAUUCAUACAACUUGAGGAAGUUGAUAUGAACUAGUUUGAAUUUUUUUUUUUAAAAAAAUUUCAAAAGAAUCUUAUGUAAUCAAAGGCAAUUUGAC